UCCCCUGAAGCUCAGGCCUCACAAUUGUUAUCCUGGCCCACAGUUUUUGUGGUUCCUAAGCUCACCUACGAGGCUGAAUUUGAGCUUCAUCUACAGAAUGCAGAGUUUGAGACAACUGGUACAUACUUCCAGCCUGGCCUAAAGCUGAAAGGAGUCAUUCUUGAUGGCCUAGCCCAAGAAAUGAUCAAAUUCACAAAAUAUCCAAAAGACUAUCAGUGUGAAGAGGUAGCUGCAGCGUUGACGAGGGCCCACCCUUGUUUGGGGCAGCUAGGAUCCAAGAUAGGAUUUGGGGGGUGGAAACAGUCUCUUAAGUACAAAAUGCAAAACUAUCGUACAAAGCUUGGCCGUCUUGGACAUCCUGAAAUCCUUGUGAACUCCUUAAAGCACAAGAAAACAGGCCAAGGCAAAGCUGCAGCAAACAUAAAAAAAACAAGAAAAGCUGAAAUAAACUACAUUCCUCUGCACCCAAAAGGCGAAACCACAGAAAGCUUGGAGAACGAGAGAAUUGCCUUAUUGUCAGAACUGAAAAAGCGUGACAAUGAAGUGGUGAUAAAAGCAAAAAUGGAAAAAACCUUCUCUCACAGACGCCUUGAGAUUGUGGAGCAAAGGCCUUUGAUAGGGGACUUCAAAUGCAGAUGGCCUGCUCUGUUUCAGCAGAGUGAAGUGAAUGCGGAGUUUUUGAGGAUCACAACAUCACCACUUCAAUCAAAGUUCAUGUGGCAGCUGGACCACUUCUCAGACAAGCUCUUGAAGAUCUUCAAGACCAAAGGAGGACUAAAGGGCCACAAAAUCAAGGAAGCCCUUGCAAUAUCAGAUUUGUUUGAAAACAUCCACAUCAAGAGGGGGUGCAUCCUGCGAAGCAUCGCGAUCUACCUCAACGAGGAUCCAGACUAUUUUUUUAAGGAGUAUCAGGCCACUGCCUCUGAAGAUGCCAAGAGGGACAUGGCAAACACAGUCAUGGGCAUAUACACACUUCAAAGAGAUGUGGAUGGGCAGCAAGAGGACGUGGGAAUUGUCAUCGAAGGCAAUAUAGUCAUGGACAACUUGGGCAGCGUGAUUGUGGGGUUUGUCAUGCUAUUGGGACUUAUUUAUGCCCUGGAUUUGAGCUUUCCGGACAACCUCAAACACACCUUCGAGUUCAUGCAGAAGGUAGUGAUGAAUCUGGAUGGGCACAAGCUGAAUGGUAAAAUCGAAAGUCUGAAGAUCAAGUUGUUCGAUUGA